CUUUUAUUCCUCCGCCGCUUCCGGCUACAAUAUGGGCAUCUCCUUCAGUAAAAGGCGCCGUCACGAUGAUCAGCAAUUCCACCACCAGCAGCAGCUAAUCCACCCCCCACCAACUCCAACACCGUCACAACAACCAUCGCCGCCUCCCUCCUGCAAUCCAACAAGCUAUGCUUUCGCCGCCAACGCCCCCCACUCACCCGCCCCUUAUCCCGCGCUGCUGCCCCCUUACGGCCGCCCUCCCCCGCCUCUUCCGCCGCCCUACAACUACGGUUACAACUUCUCCGGCUACUACUCCAGGCCUCCGGUUAACAUGAUGGGCCACUACAACUACCGCCCCUAUUACGCUCCCCAGAUCAGCGCCUGGGGCCCGUCCGCCGCCGCGCCACUCCCGCAGCUGCAGCAGCCUGCUCCCUACGUCGAUCACCAGAGCGCUAAGAAGGUUAAGAACGAUGUGAAUGUUCACAAAGACACAAUUAGGCUUCAAUUGGAUGAUCUCUCUUCCGAUUGCCACUUGAUUACCUUCACUUUUGAUGCCUUGGUUGAUGGAAGAAUUACCAUCUUCUAUUUUGCUAAGGAGGGGGAGAACUGUAAAUUCUCUCCAGUUUAUCCAGAGAUUUUGCCAGUUCAAAUCCCAUUUCAGAAAGGACUUGGGCAGAAAUUCUGCCAGCCUUCAGGAACUGGUGUGGACUUAGGCUUCUUUGAUACUGAUGACCUGUCAAAGCCUGUGCCAGGAGAAGAUAUUUAUCCACUUGUCAUAGUAGCAGAGUCAUAUCUAGCAUCGGCACCUGUGGAUGAGGGUUCAAAAGAGGAAGUUCUAAAUGUAUCUCCUAAUGCUCAGAUCACUCAGGCUGUCCUACAAAAGAAGGAAGACGGGAGUUUUCAAGUGAAAGUAAUAAAGCAGAUUUUAGCAAUUGAUGGUGCACGGUAUGAGUUGCGUGAGAUUUUUGGGAUAAGCGAUUCAGAUGAAGCUACCAUCAGCGACGCUGACUCAGGAAAAGAAUGUAUAAUUUGUUUGACUGAGGACAAGAACACGGCUGUCUUACCCUGUAGGCACAUGUGUUUGUGCAGUGACUGUGCCAAAGAGUUGAGGAUCCAAUCAAAUAAAUGUCCUGUGUGCCGGCAGCCCAUCGAGGAGCUUCUGGAGAUCAAGAUCGAUGAAGAAGGAGGGGCGUCGUAGCUUGCCAUGGGACAACCAUCAUCAACAACCAGCUUCUCUAUGAAUAGUAACUAUACACAAAUUUUACUUGUAAGAAUAUAAUCACUUCUCAUCAGGAUCUGUACAGUCCAUACCGAAUCUUUUCGUUCUAUCCCUAUUUUUUAUUUUGUUUUUUUGUUUACUGUUUACGGUGUUUUAUACUUAACUAAAGUUUGUAUAUUUUACUUUGCUAUAUUAAUUUUGAUUUGAUUUGAUUUGAUUU